AGUAUAUCAUGCCAGAGACUAUCUGCUGGAUUUUUUUUGAUUCUAAACACUCUUUGCACAAGUUAUCAAAGAAAAAAGUACUGCUUGUCUGUGGGUUUUCAUGCAGUAUUUUUCUUACUGCUGCCUUUGUGCAGCUUUGUGCAGGGCAACAUGUCAGAUUUCAAUUUGAAUACCCUGAUGCUGUCUGGUGGAGGGUAUAUGUACACUUCCAUGGAGUUUUCUGGUGCAGUGCAUCCUAUGUUUGUAGCUGCAUUUUCCUGCUGUCCUUGCUCCCCCUCCUUAUUGAUAGCUUAAUAGUGUUAGGACAUCACAAGUGUGGAACUGUAUUGCUGUUCUCAGCCAUGUAAUUCCUGGAUACUGAGAAACUACUGCUCCUCUUCAUUCCAGGAUGUAACCAAGGAGCGUUUGGAAACACUGCUCGAGAAGCAGCUUGCGUUGCUGCUUCACUGCACUUGUUCUGCACUGAGAAGAGAUCUUCAGUGAGUGUGCAUGUCAGUCUAGUAUGUUUUACAGGCAGCUGAGUCAUCCAUAUUUUCUGUUGCCCAGUAAAGUACACACAUGCUGUGGUGUCUGCAAUGUAGCUUAUGAUGUCACGAGAGAACUAAGAUAGGAGUUUUCUCACCUUUACUGACAUAUUGCUUAACUUCUGCCACAGGCAGAUGCCAGGAAAGUAAGACUUGGGACUCUAAUUCCUUUCUCAAUUCCUUACGUUUCUUGUGAGGAAAGGAGAAGAAAGCUUUCUUUCUUCAAGCAUGAUAAUGUGUUUACAGAUCAUAAGUUACAUUUUAAUUUUCAUUUUAAAAUAUAUUUUUCUGAAAGGCUACUCAUAGGCACGUACUUUUUUUUAGAAUUAGAAGCUAUGGUUUUUUCAAGAAUUUAUAAUAAAAUACAUGUAUCUGGAGAAUUCUUGAGGCUCACUACGUAGGCUUGAUUUUAGUAAACAAUUUGAUGCUUGUACCUAGCCAACCCCCACAUGGGUUUUGAAAUUUUGUCCAUUUUAUGAGUUCUCAAUCAUUUUUCAAGUCAGCAAACAGUAUUUAUUGGAAGUGGAGAAAUCAAGAUUUCAGAAAUUCUAAGUCCUAGCGCACGGCCCUGCUUUAUAGGCAUAUUCUAAACACCCAUGUCUGUAAGUCAUCUUCAGCUCUAUCGGUGUGAAUAUGCAGCAUGUAUUAAUGCAAACAUUUAUGGUGCAGAAGAUUACAUAUUUUCUUCUUCAGUGUCAGACUUUAUUACAAGAAAGUAAUACUUUGGGGUGAAAGAGUAACCAAUCUGUAGUUCAUUAUGUAUAAGUACAGUUUUAGGAUUGUUUUCUGACCAGUAGACUCAGUUUUGAGAAGCAAUUGCGCACUAAUAUGAGAGUGAGCUGACAGCAAAACUACAUUUUGGCUUCCAUUAAUUUUUUCUAACCGUGCCUAAUGUUUGCAUUUCGUUAGAAGUACAAACAUACUGCUCAUGAAAAUGAAGGUCUUAAUUGAUGGCACUGGGGAUUACUGCCUAGCCAUAGUAAAUAUACAGUUUGGACAAGAACUAUGUGUAUUUUCUUACAAUUUUCUCUGUAAAGACUGUAUUGAUUUGUGUCUUUAGUUCCCAAUCGUUCCCCUACCAGGAUUUUAAGGGCUGUCCCUCCAGUGUAUUGCUGUCUGCACCAGCUAUUUCCAUAAUUGCCAGAGCCAUGUACUUAAAUAUCUCUUAUAUAAUUUGCAUUUUCAGAUUUCACAAAGCCUUCUAGGCUUCUACUUCACCUGGAAAGGCUUUGCCUUUGCUUUAAAGGGGUUCUUCUAGGACUUGCAAUUUCUGUCAAAGUGUAUUUUCAGAACUUUGGUAUUCUAGUCUCACCAAAGGGAAGACAUUAGGUAGUCUCUGCCAGAAAAAAUCUUUGUGAAAGAUAUUAAAAGUUGUCACAUUUGCACGUAGUUCGGUCUCCUCUUAACGGCUGUUCCCUAGUGCCUCUUGCUCUAGAAGAAGAGGUUUUUAUUUUGAAGAAUUCUGGCAUUCUCCUGCAUGGUCCCCAAGAUCCCUCCAUCUCAACUGCGAGCAGAAAGGUGAUAAGUGUUGAAUGUGGUAUGUGCUUUGUGACCGUCAAAAUCUAGAUUGUGGCCUUGACCUUGCCAAAUAAGAGGAUUAAGAAUCUGUGAAGGAAUCUGAGCAAAAGGGUCCAGAGGCAAUUAAACAGAGAACUCCAAACUUAAUCCAUGCAGGAUGUUAGGUGGCAGGAAGACCAUAGCUUUUGAAUGCUACCAAUCUGUAGCAGUCAAAACCUUAGUUUUGAACUAAUUCAUUAGACGUGCAUUUCAUUUAGUUCCUUGUGUUAUGGUUUAUUUGUGUUUUAGAUAUAGCUACUUUGUGGUCAUUCCUUUCUAUUUGUGUGGUGAUUUAUGGCUUUUGUUUCAGAAUAUUCAUUUUCCAAGAGUACCGUUAACAGGCAACAACAACAACAAAAUGUUUAAAUAAAUUAUUCACCUGGAAAAUUCUGGUAGUUUUUUAAAACAUAAAUGAGGUGAUGUAAGUUAAAUGAUUAGGUGCAAUCAUUAGGGAAAAACUGAUUAAAUUACUCUAAAUCUCCAAAAGAAUGAGUUGCAUGAUGCUGUAUUUUCCUGUUGAAGACAGCUAGCCAUUUUUAGCAGCAUCCUUUUAUCAUAGAGGUGCUACAGAUGAUUUCUUUGGGAGGGAAGUUUUUUCUUUUUAAGCCUGCGCUGGAUGUGAAAUGGACAAUUUGCUUUCACAGGUGAUACAGUUACUGGGAAGCAAAAUUUAAGCAGGUCAGUAGAAGGAUUCUAAUGUUCUGAAAAAGGUUUGUUUUAAGGAAGCACCUAUAUUAUGAUCUCAAUGUGAAGAGUUGGUGGUUAUCUACUCCUUAAAAGUUCUAAGUGUACUUUGUGUGUUAAAGCUGUCCACCAAAUUCAAAUAAUGCUUUCUAUUUCUUUUAUAUUUCUGUCUUUCUGGGAAUGAGGAUAAGUACUAGAAUUCUAGUGCUAAUAUUCAUAGUAAUUCGUGCUGAUAACAGACUGGUGAGUCCUCUGUGUGUUCUUUCUAGAAAAAUUCGCCAGGCAGACUUGUUCUGAAGCCCAUGUUGGUUAGGGCAGAAGUGCCAUAAGUUGUGCUGGGAGUAUUUGGCUGUAUUGGAAGAGCUCACAGGCAGUCAGUGCUGUUUACACCACGUUCCCAUCUGUCCUUGCUAGGGUGUAUAUCCUUCACCUGCUGUCUUUCAGCCAGAGAUGGCGAUUACUUUCUGCAGCCCCCAGCUGAAUUCACAUAGGUCCAUAAGCGGCAGAAAGGCUGGAGUGGGGCCUUGUGGAGUACCUAGGAGCACACCUAAAUGUACACUCUCUACUUGUGGGUGCUUCGGUUUGCCAACUGCUUCUGAGCAGGCAAACAUGAGAUAUGAUGUAUUAUCAUUGUGCCACUGGAAGUAUACCCUUUUCAAGUAGAUAUUUUUUUUAUUGUUUUCGACCACAGAGUUUGUUCUUCCUACCUUAUGUUUGUUAUUAAAUACCAAAUGCAGGGUGUAGGAGACACUGACUUGCUUAGUUGGCAGAAAAUGCAGAAGUAUUUGGUGCUGGAGUGCUGUGUGAUGUUGUGGCUGGCCUCUGAAGCGUAAUAAAUGCAAGAGCCAAGCCACUUUGGAGGUAUGAAGAGUCAAAGAAGCAUUAGAGUAAUUUAAAAAAUGUAAACUGUGGGUAAAAUCUAACAACAUCAUUUCUUUAAAGUUUUUUGUUAUUUACCAGACUUCCCUCCUGAAAACCUCCUACCCUAGAAUGAGAUGCAGAUUGCAGAGCAGGAGGAAGAUUGGUUUCUGACUGGAGACACUUUGUUUGAACAGAUAGAGCUUCAAUUUUAUCUCUGAUGUGACUUCAGACCACUGUGGUUGUGUCUAUACGAGUGUGUUUCUGGAUGUAUUUUUGGGUAUCCUGUGGGACCCUCUCCUGAUAUGUGACCUACAGCAAGCUACCCUGAAUCGUACGAUGACAAUGUUAUCACUGCCACAUCUCUGGAAACCAGUUAUUCAUAAAUAUAUGGACUAUUUACUUAAGAAGCUGAGAGUGAGCUAGAAACAUUGAUGAAGCCUCUAUUCUGUGAGGUGGAGGAGAGUGUGGACAGCCAUAUUUGCUGGAGUGGUGAACCAAAUUGCCUUGACUGGAACCAUUAUUCACGUGUACCUUUGAACGCAAUAGACAGGUGGAGGAGAGUGUGGACAGCCAUAUUUGCUGGAGUGGUGAACCAAAUUGCCUUGACUGGAACCAUUAUUCACGUGUACCUUUGAACGCAAUAGACAGGAAAUCUGAAGAUAGUCAUGCCUAUUAGAUGCCUACAAGAUGCAGAUAGCUGUGUCACCAUGGAAGAGAUGAAGAGAAUUUUGCUCUAGUAGAUCACAAAUAUCUGUGUCAUUCUGCAUCUCAGUGUUUAAUAACAAUGGAAAAUGUCCAAAUGCUAUAAUAAGCCUUUGCAAAUGUGUAAUAAACUGUUAAGAAAGUUUAUGCCGUGAACAGGACUGUAUAAUAAUCACAUUAGUAUACAGACACAAAUCUAAUGCCUAUAGACUACUGCGUAGAAAGUUCCAAAGAGAAAGAAAAAUCUGUGAACUUGCAACAGCUCUGGAAAAAUGGGAGCAACAAAACUUUAAAAAGCACAGCUUUGGACACACUCCAUGAGUCUGCACAGCUUUCAAGUGAACUAGCACUUAAGACCUUGUGUAACAAAAUGGACUCUGGGGACACAGCUAUAGGGCAAAAAGCUACCUCAGGGUCUGGAGAAACUGCUAAAGUACCAAGUAGAUGGAGGCAAGAACAUUCAGCUGUUAUUAAGAUGAGCACUUUUGGCAAUCAAGAAAUACAGAGGCAACCACAAAUAGAUCACGAGCAAAUUGGAAACACAGCAUCAGCACAACUUUUUAGUUCUGGGAAACUGGUAUCAUCGAAUGAAGCUGCACAGCAAGUCACGGAGAAGCAAUAUCCACAGCAUCGUCCAACUCCUUACUCAUGUCAACAUUCACUUUCUUUCCCGCAGCAUUCAUUGCCACAAGGUUUCUUGCACAACAUAAAGCCACAUCAGAGCUUGGAAGGCCCUCCAUGGCAGUUUCCUAGCCACUUGCAAUCAGUUGCCUCAGAGGACUUAUUUCCUUUUCAUAUGCAUAGCCAUAGUGGAGGUUUCUCCAGGAAGAAGAUUUCAAGUUUGAACCCUGCAUACAGCCAAUAUUCACAGAAAUCUUUGGAACAAUCAGAAGAUGCUCACAAGAAGGAGCACAAACCCAAAAAACCUGGCAAGUACAUUUGUCCUUACUGUAACAGGGCUUGUGCCAAACCUAGUGUACUUAAAAAGCAUAUUAGGUCUCAUACUGGGGAGCGACCAUACCCUUGUGUUCCUUGUGGUUUCUCCUUCAAGACAAAGAGCAACCUCUACAAGCACAGAAAGUCACAUGCCCAUGCAAUUAAAGCAGGGCUGGUACCUUUCACAGAGUCAGCAGUCUCUAAAUUGGAUCUAGAUGCCAGUUACAUUGAUGUGGAAGCUGAAAUACAUUCAGAUGGGGAGCAGAGCACAGACACUGAUGAGGAGACCUCACUCCUAAUGGAAGGAUCUGAAAAAAUGAGCCCUGUCCCACAGCUCCCCCUGGACAUUGCUAGUAGGAGCAGUUUUCACUCCUCCAUGGAAGAGUCCUUGGUGGGGCCAAUGAAAGUACCCAUUUUGAUUAUCCCUAAGAGUGGAAUUCAGUUACCCAGUGAGAGUUCACCCUAUAUUGGCCCUGAUAUGUUGCAAAACCCAUCCUUAAGUACUAAGGCUGAUGACUCUCACACAGUUAAACAGCGACUUGCACUAAGACUGUCAGAGAAAAAAGGGCAAGAUUCUGAGCAGUCAUUAAACCUCCUUAGCCCACAUAGUAAAGGAAGCACUGACUCGGGUUACUUUUCCCGCUCAGAAAGUGCUGAGCAGCAAAUAAGCCCACCAAAUACCAAUGCAAAGUCUUAUGAAGAGAUCAUCUUUGGGAAGUUUUAUAGGAUUAAUCAAAGAACAGCACUAACAGUAGCCACAGCAAAUCAGGAACAUAGUUUAAUAGGUAGAAAGGGCAAAGUAGAGCCGUUACCUCUCUUAAAUAACAGAUUGGAUAUUAAGAUGCUUGAGGAACAUAUUUCUCAUCUGACUCCAAAUAAAGAAGAGCUCAUUGACUCCAGUAAUUUGAGCACUGUUAAAUCUACACAAGUUUAUCCAGGCAGAAAUACAGAAUCUAGACAAUCCCAGAACACCACAUCACCCAUCAAAAGUGAAACCAGCCUGUACCAAGCCAGUCAGCAGGGUGAGGUUCCCAUCCUUCUCGAACCCCCAGUAGAUUCUUCUCCUCUUAUUAGAAGUAACUCCAUGCCAACCUCUUCUGCAAACAGCUUAAGUAUUCCCCCAUCUCUGAGAGGAAGCCAUUCAUUUGAUGAGAAGAUGACUGGCUCUGAUGAUGUAUUUUACCCUGGCACAGUGGGAAUAUCCCACCAAAGGAUGUUGAGAAGACAGGCUGCCUUUGAACUGCCCUCUGUGCAGGAGGGGCACUCAGAUUCGGACUACCAUGGAAGACCAGGGAAGAAUAUAAUUAUUGCUUCCGGUAGACAAAUAGCAGGUGACAAAGGACCAUCCUCAAAAGAGAAGAAAGUGGGAGACAAGACCUUCUAUGACUAUGACGCCAGUGGAAAGCACUACAGGAAAUGGGAAGACUUUGAAGCUCAGAAGCAAAACUACAGAGACUCACCAACCUUAGGUGGAAUAAACAAGGGAGGAGAGUACUUCACUGAUCCACUUGGACAAUCUCAGGCGAUGCCAUCCAUGCUUGGGACUUUCGAAAACAGAAAGCGCAGGAAAGAGGAGAGUGUUGGAGAUGAGGAGGACAGUCCCAUGCUUUGCAGCAGUACGACUAGCAUCACUGCAGGAAUUCAGCCUUUGGACUUUGAUCCCAAAUCCCAAAUUCAGGAUGUGCCAAGGAGUGGAUUUUCCCUUCAAGGUCUGGACAAUUCUGCCCAUUGCCAUGCAGAACGUUUUGACGUGUGCAGGCCUUACCUGCAGUCUGGAAGUCCAGCAGCUUCUCUGGAAGACUCAACCUUAUCUGCAGAGCAAGAAAAGGGUGCAGAAUCACUGACUAGAAAGCCCCCUGGAAAUGUCAUUUCCGUCAUUCAGCACACAAAUUCAUUGAGCAGGCCAAACUCAUUUGAAAGGUCUGAAUCUACAGAACUUACUGCAUGCCAGCAGGAUAAGAUCUAUUCACCAUCUGAAACAUGUGAGAAUGAGAUUUGUGAGUCCCCAAUGAGCCCAGACCGAGCUCCACAAACAGAAAAUACUGACACCAAUAAGCCGUCUCCAUCCCAGCAGCCUCAGUCAUAUCAUAUGCAGCCCAGGUUGGUUCGCCAGCACAACAUACAGGUACCUGAAAUUCGUGUCACAGAGGAGCCAGAUAAGCCUGAGAAAGAUAAAGAAGUGCAGAACAAAGAGCAGGAGAGACCAACUGAAGAAUUCCAGUGGCCUCAGAGAAGUGAAACCCUUUCUCAACUGCCAGCUGAAAAGCUCCCACCCAAAAAGAAGCGUUUACGACUGGCUGACAUGGAGCACUCUUCUGGAGAUUCCAGUUUUGAGUCCACAGGUACAAGCCUUUCUCGCAGCCCUAGCCAGGAAAGUAAUUUGUCUCACAGUUCAAGUUUUUCAAUGUCCUUUGAGAGAGAUGAAAAUGUGAAGUUCAUCACACCUCCCAAACAAGAUGAGUUUGGAAAACAGUCUGAGUUUUUAACAGUUCCAGCUGGUGCUUACUCACUUUCCGUCCCUGGGCAUCACCAUCAGAGGGAAAUGAGACGUUGCUCAUCUGAACAGAUGCCCUGUCCUCACGCUGCUGAAAUCCCUGAGAUUCGAAGUAAAUCCUUUGAUUAUGGGAACCUAUCUCAUGCCUCUUCAUCUGGGACACCAACUACUGCACUAUCUCCAUCACGAGAAAGGAAGAAAUGCUUCUUGGUUCGCCAGGCUUCCUUUAGUGGUUUUCCAGAGAUUUCCCAGACUGAUCAGAGCACAGAACAAAGUAUAAAGCAGGAGCAGAUGGAACAUGCACAGGCUGGUCUUCGCUCUUCCCAGCUUGCCUGGCAUCACUCGCCUUCCUCUGUACUUCAGCCCAUUCAGGUAGAUGACUCUGGAAAACAGUCUGUUGGCUCUUGUGCUCAGCUUGCUAAUAGCUCAUCCCACCUUGCCCAACAGCAGGCUCUUCUUGCAGAUGGUCCGGAAAUGUUAAGGACUCCAUUGAUCCAACAAGCACCUUAUAUUUCUAACAAACAUCCAUCAGAGCAACAGCAGCUAUUUGCACAUCAGGAAAAUGUCCCAUUUCCCUCUAUUCAUAGCACCUUUUUUCAGUUCCCAUAUCCAACUGUCUGCAUGGUUCAUUUACCACCAUCUCAGCAGCCAGUCUUGUGGCAGUCAUGCACAGAGCCUCUACACUUCCAGCAUCAUUUUGUACAACAGCUGCAGAAAUCUUAUGUCAAACAACCUUUCCAAACAGACAUUCCUCCAAGUUAUCACCUGGAACAUGCUCCAGAGCUUAUUGGAAAGAAACCAGCUGAUUAUGUGCAUGCUAAAGAGCAAGCAUACCAGCAUUACUCAGGAACAUCUGGGCAGUAUUCAAAACUUACUCUUGCUAAGUACCAGUCGGACCAUAGCAUUAAACCAACAGAUACCUCCUCUGAACAGCAUCUUCAGACAGAUUUUGACUCCCCAGAUGAUGGAUCUGUACAACCUUUGCCAGGAACAGUUGUUCCUGUCAGGAUUCAAACCCAUGUUCCGUCUUAUGGUAGUGUCAUGUACACAAGCAUUUCCCAGAUCCUUGGACAGAGCAACAGUCCUGCAAUUGUAAUUUGUAAAGUUGAUGAGACUGUUUCUCAAAGAACAUUGGUAACCAGUGCAACAAUGCAUGGAAUUGGAUUUAACAUAGCUCAGAUGUUAGGUCAACAUGGAGGGCUAGAAAAAUAUCCUUUGUGGAAAGUGCCACAGACACUAUCACUUGGACUGGAGCCCUCAAUUCCUCUCUGUUUGACUUCCAGUUCUGACAUGGCUUCUACCCUGGGAGGAAGCAAACGAAUGCUUUCACCUGCCAGCAGCUUGGAGCUCUUCAUGGAGACAAAGCAACAGAAACGAGUCAAAGAAGAAAAAAUGUAUGGGCAGAUAGUUGAAGAGCUAAGUGCAGUUGAGUUAACUAACUCAGAUAUAAAGAAAGAUUUUCCAAGAAUGCAGAAGCCUCAACUAGUAAGGCAGAGCUGUGCUACUGAGCCAAAAGAAAGUCUGCCAUCUGUGUCAUCCUCUUCACCACUGUCGUCCUCUUCAUCUCAAGAUUUCCCACUUGUCAGCGUGCCAACAGCUGAUGCUUUCCCACUAAGCAGGGAGAAACUUUCUAGUUUUGAUUCCACAUCACCAGGACAGAAAUCCAGUGGCCCUUCUGAAGGAAGAGAAUCUCCAGAAGAACUGGAUGUUGAUGAAACAGCCUCAGAUAUGAGCAUGAGUCCACAGAGGUCUUCAUUGCCACCAGGAGAAAUUCAGCCAGAAGACCAACUGAAACAUCCAAAACUGCCUCUUGGGAUGCUAGUCCAGAUGACAUCCAGUACUAGUGGGAAAGUCACGGGCUCAACAAUUCUCCUGACAGAUGUAGCAGAUUUUCAGCAGAUCCUUCAGUUCCCGAGUCUGCGCACUACUACUACUGUGAGCUGGUGUUUCUUAAACUAUACAAAACCCAAUUAUAUUCAGCAACCAACCCUCAAAUCUUCUGUUUACGCUUCAUGGUGUAUAAGUUCAUGUAACCCAAAUCCAUCUGGGCUAAGUACAAAGACCACUUUAGCACUUUUAAGGUCCAAGCAAAAAAACACCACGGAAAUCUACACCCUGGCUGCUAUGCAUAGACCCGGAGCUGGUAAACUGACAUCAUCAAGUGCAUGGAAGCAACUUGCUCAGAUGAAACAUGAGCCAUUCUUCUUGUUUGGCAGCAAGCUUGAAAAGAAAGUAGUGGGGAAUAUUAUAAAAGAAAGAGUAAAAGGAGACAUUCAUGGAGAUAAAGACAUUACGUCCAAACAAACUGAGCCGAUACGAAUUAAAAUCUUUGAAGGAGGGUAUAAAUCAAAUGAGGAUUAUGUCUAUGUCAGAGGUCGUGGCCGAGGAAAGUACAUUUGUGAAGAAUGUGGAAUUCGCUGCAAAAAGCCAAGCAUGCUCAAAAAACAUAUCCGCACUCAUACUGACGUCCGGCCUUACGUAUGCAAGUUGUGCAAUUUUGCCUUCAAAACUAAAGGAAAUCUGACAAAACAUAUGAAGUCUAAAGCACACAUGAAAAAAUGCCUGGAGCUUGGAGUAUCAAUGACAUCUGUAGAUGAUGCUGAAACUGAAGAAGCAGAAAACAUGGAGGACAUGCAGCAGGAAGCAGAGAAGAGUAGCAACCUGGCAGGCCUGUCAGCAGAGCAUCAGUUUUCUGAUGCAGAGGAGUCAGAUGGUGAAGAUGGCGAUGACAAUGAUGAAGAUGAUGAAGAUGAGGAUGACUUUGAUGAUACUCAGGGAGACUCAACACCAAAAACCAGAUCAAGGAGCACCAGCCCACAGCCCCCUCAGUUCUCCUCCCUGUCGGUGAACUCAGCUGGGGCGUCACAGGGGGCUUCCCCUGAGGGCUCCCUUUCUGUGGGACACUCCUCCCUCAUCAGUUACUUGGUCACUUUACCUAGCAUUCAGGUUACUCAGCUUGUAACAUCAAGCGACUCCUGUGAAGACUCACAGAUGACAGAAUAUCAGAGGUUUUUCCAGAGUAAGAGCACCGAUUCAGAGCCCGACAAAGACAGGUUAGACAUACCUAGCUGCAUGGAUGAGGACUGCGUGCUUUCAAUGGACCCCAAUGCAUCUCCAAGGGACUUCUCACCUUCCAGUCAGCAGUCGUCCCCUGGCUAUGAUUCUUCACCAUAUAGAGAUAACUCGCCAAAGAGGUAUUUAAUGCCAAAAGGAGAUUUGUCACCCAGAAGGCAUUUGUCACCCCGGAGAGAUAUUUCACCCAUGAGGCACCUUUCUCCACGGAAGGAGGCUGUGCUGAGGAGAGAGUUAUCACCAAGACGGGACGUUUCACCAAGACGUCACCUAUCACCGAGGAGACCAAUGUCACCAGGGAAAGAUGUGUCUGUUAGAAGAGAUUUGUCUCCUCGGCGAGAGAGGAGAUACAUGGCCUCGGUUAGAGCGACAUCUCCCAGGAGGGGCUUAUACCAUAAUCCAGCAUUGUCUAUGGGUCAAUAUUUGCAGUCUGAAUCUAUUCCAGUGGGGCAUUCACGGAAGGGGUUGUCUCAGGGGCCUUACUUUGGCUUGUAUGGAGAAAAAGGAGCUAUGGAGCAUCACAGGCCUAGCCUGUUCCCUGAAGGUCCGAGUGACUAUGUCUUCAGCCACCUUCCACUACACUCCCAGCAGCAGAUCCGAGCACCCAUCCCCAUGAUGCCAAUUGGGGGCAUCCAGAUGGUCCACUCUGUACCUGCUGCCCUUUCAGGUUUACAUCCUCCGUCCACUCUGGCCCUGCAGAGGGAGGGCUCUGAGGAGAAGCAAAGAGGACCGACAGAAACCCUCACUCAAGAGUCACGUGGUGUUCCCAAGCACCAUGAGAAGCGUACCUCUCCGCACAGCUUGCACCCCACCGCUCCCUCCAGCACGUCCUCCUCCCCGUUGCUGUUGCUGACACAGAGCACUUCUGAGGACAGUGUAAUAGCGACAGAGAGGGAGCAGGAGGAGAACAUACAGACUUGUACGAAAGCCAUAGCCUCUCUGCGAAUCGCCACAGAAGAUGCUGCUCUGCAUGGGACGGAGCAGCCGCAGAGGCCUUCUGAGCCUCACCAGAAACCCUCAGAAAGUGCACAUUUUAGCAUUAAACACUUUAGUGGAUCUGAGCCGGGCCAGGCCUGUGCCUCAACCACCCAUCCUGACUUGCACGGUGGUGAACAGGACAGUUUUGGUACAUCACAGACUGCACUAGCCCAUCCCACCUUUUACAACAAGAGCUUUGUGGACAUCCGACAGCUGGGCUUUCACAGCAGGAGCGAGCCCCCAUCAAGCACACAUGAGAGAAAAGAUCUGCCAUCUGAGAAGAGCAAGCCACAUUGA